GCAGUGUGGGAGCGCUUGUUUGAACUUUCUCUUACCCUUGUGACGCUAAUUUGCGUAAUUAUAAGUCCAAGUUUGACUUGUGGCUUCUCUGUCGCAGUGGUGUUUAAUGUCGGACAUUUUCUGCUUCCUUCUGCUGUAGUUCGAAGCCAAUAUCUCUAUCUCCCCGGUGCUGUGACAGCUGCUUUCGCCGCCUACUUGACGUGGUCUGCCGUUCUUAGCCAGCCUAAAUUUAGCUAUGUCGGAGAGUCCCUUGAGGUCUUGAAUUCUCUCCUGAUUAAGGCCUUCAUUGUAUGGAAAGACAACUUCACUCAACAUAAAGCAGCCAUUUACAGAACUAUGAACUUUUUCCCUUAUGAUAUUGUUGACGCAGUAUCCGCUUUAUUCCUUGUCGUACGAGAUGUCUCAAUUGAGGUCCAGGCUAUUCAAUUCUUCAACAUCCGGCGCAGCAGCAAUGUGAGUCUCUCGCAUCAAUUGGCUCUGAAUCGAACAGGUCUGCUGGCACCUAACGUCUGUCUACCCUCUUUCGUUCGGCGUCCCUCUGCAUUGGAUCACAUCUCCGAUUUUGUUGGAGCUCUCGGCAUCAUUCUAGUUGUCGGUGGGUCCAUAUUCUCCAGGUGA